UCCCCCUACCGCGCCGACCGCGACCUCGCCCGCGGCCUGCACGCCCAGGCCGACCAGGGAGGCGACGAGCCCAUUCCCUUUGUCGAGGUCUACGUCGACGUGCCCCUCGAGGUCGCCGAGCAGCGCGACCCCAAGGGCCUCUACAAAAAGGCCCGCGCCGGCGAGAUCAAGGAGUUCACCGGCAUCUCGGCGCCGUACGAGGAGCCGCUGAAUCCCGAGAUCACCAUCAAGACGCACGAGAACACCGUCGAGGAGUGUGUUGCGCAGAUUACAAACUGGCUCAUCGCCAAGGGCUACAUCCACGGCCCCGAGGCGCAGGUGAAGAACUAA